UCAUUCGAUUUAUUAUUUUCUUCAUUAUUGAUGAUAUUUUAAUAAAAGUUGAGGCUCCUAAAUUGUAAUUUUAAUCAUCCCAUCUAAUAAUCUAUCUUUUCUCCAGAGAAUAAUUUGGUUUGAUACGUUUUAAGGGUCAGACUGACAAAGGCAGCUUUGGGCUUAUCAGCAGAGUAGACCUUUUCAAUAAUGGUGCGCCGGCUGGAUGCAUAUAUUUGCAGGGAUAAUUGUUAAUUGUCCCUUCAUCUGCCUUUUUCCCUAAUUAAUCAAUCAAUUAAUUAACUUGAGGAAUUAAUCUAGCCUUUCAUUUUCUUAAACAUAUUUAAUCAAUGGAUUAAUAAUCAGCCAUCAGACGAUGACACUUUUCGACACAACACAGCAGAUUAGAUAAGACUGGUAGCUCGUCCAGAGAGAAAGAAAGUCUCUUCCUUUUCGUUUGUUCUCUCUGUUCUACUUCGCUUUUCCUUCCCUUCCCUGCGAAAAACCUCUCACAGACAGGUAAAUCAAUCUACUUGAGAAUUUCUUCUUCUUCUUCCGUGUCCUUCAUCCAUGAUUACCCGCGUUUUUUUAGUAUCCUUCCAAUCUUUCCCGUUUGAAAUUGUGUUAAAAGAUCCGACCUUUUUGCUUGCCAUGGCUUAUCUUCUCUUCCCUCGCAAUUUCCCGUUUCCUCGUUCUUUGGAUUUGGAUUGCUGCAACAUGGGUGGGUUAUGUGGAUGAUCUGUUAUGCGAAAGUGGGCAGCUUCUUGAUUUCCCAAUUUGAGUGCUUUCUGGCUUUAUUUGCCCACCAGUAAUUGUUUGAGCAGUUAGACUUUCCCGCUAUUAUGCUUUCUUUCCGAUCAGAAUUUCACUAUCUUGGAACUUUUGUGAGCGAAAGAGAGGGGAGGAAACCGAAAUUGGAUAUAGGCAAUCAAGUUCAGACGUGGGUUGUCCCAAGAGAAGAAUAGGGUAGUUAGAUUAUGGUGUUUGAUUACUCUCAUAUGAUUACAGCUUGAUAUUCCUCUUUUUUUGAAUGAUGAUGCCAGGUGCUUUAACAUAUUCACUGAGGUCCUCAAGAAAGUUAUAACACUUUUGGCCAUCAUACAGUCAAAGAACUGGGCUUUUAAUGGGAUCAGAAGGGACUGUGCUUGCUUCUGAAGCCUCUGAUGGACCUUCCUGCGUAACAGUCCACGUGACGGGGUUCAAGAAAUUUCAUGGAGUUUCUGAGAAUCCGACGGAGACAAUUGUUUGCAACCUACAGGAGUAUAUGAACAAGAACGGGAUGCCGAAAGGUCUGGUAUUGGGGAGCUGUCAUGUGCUUGAAACUGCAGGACAAGGUGCAGUUGCUCCUCUUUACCAGACAUUGCAAUCAGCCAUACCUUCUGAGAAUUCUAAUCCUUGUGAUUCUGGGAAAGUUAUCUGGGUGCAUUUCGGGGUGAAUAGUGGGGCGACAAAAUUCGCGAUCGAGAAUCAAGCGGUUAAUGAAGCUACUUUUCGAUGUCCUGAUGAGAUGGGAUGGAAACCACAGAAAUUACCCAUCAUUCCUUCAGAUGGUGAGAUUUCACUAGUUCGAGAGACAGCUCUUCCUGUGGAGGAUAUCACGAAGGCCCUGGCUAAGAAAGGUUAUGAAGUGAUGACCUCAGAUGAUGCUGGCCGAUUCGUUUGUAAUUAUGUCUACUACCAUUCGCUUCGCUUUGCAGAGAAGAACGGAACUAAAUCACUAUUUGUCCAUGUACCUCUAUUCUUAACCAUUGACGAGGAGACCCAGAUGCAGUUCGCUGCUUCCUUAUUGGAGGUACUUGCUUCUCUAUUGUAGUAACAUGGUUUCUCGCCAUCCAUGUGUGUGCCCCAAAUGUUGUUAUGAACAUUAUUAUAAGCUUGUAUUGCUCAUUGGCCUUGUUUAUGAGAAAAGAAGAGUGGAAAUGGUUCAAUAAACAGAUGAGUGUUGUGAUCAUUGUUCUAAGUGUUAAUCACUUCCUUCCACUUGGUCUUGAUGAAGCUGCAUUCCUUCCUUCUUAUUAGUUUCUGAAUGGCAAUUUUUAAGGAACUGAAAACAGAAAACCUGUUAGUUGUCUGUUAUGUUUAUGAAUGUGGCUCGUUAGGGUAGGAACAAAGAAAGUGAACCCCCACUUUGGAGACUAGAUUCAGAAUGCUCUUCUACUUUGGAUUAAAUUGUACAGCUUCUU